AUGCCGCCGCCGAUCCGUGACGUGCACUCGUAUGCCAAUGUCAACGAGCUGAAGCCAGAAAGCUUGCAUCUCGACUGGUCGAUUGAUUGGGAAAACAAGCGUAUCCUUGGUUCUGUAACGCACCAUCUCCAGGCGCUAACUGAGGUGUCGCGUGCGAUAUUUGACACGUCGUUCCUGGCGAUUGAAAGUGUGUCGGUGGACGGACAGCAGGCCUCGUACGAACUUAGUGAGCGCCGUGGUCCGCUAGGCGAGCCUUUGGCCAUUGAUAUUGGUACGCGCAAGGCUGGUGAGCAUGUGGAUGUGAAGAUCAAUUAUGCUACGACCAGCAAGUGCACGGCUCUGGGCUGGCUCUCCAAGGAGCAAACACACACAAAGAAGACGCCGUUCCUGUACUCGCAGUGCCAAGCCAUCCAUGGACGCUCGAUGCUUCCAUGCAUGGAUUCGCCGUCGCGCAAGGUCACGUACACCGCGUCGGUGACAUCGACCAUUCCCGUGCUCAUGUCUGCUUUGCAGGAGCAGGAGCCGCAAGAGGCCGAGAAGGGAGCCAAGUUGUACACGUUCCGCCAGCCUGUGGCUAUUCCGACUUACUUGCUAGCGAUCGUCGGAGGCUUGCUUGAGUUUCGCUCGCUGGGCCCACGCACGGGCGUCUGGGCCGAGCCUACUGAUGCGGACAAGGUGCAGUGGGAGUUCGAGGCAGAUGCCGAGCGCUUCCUGACCGAGGCAGAGAAGCUCGUCUCGCCCUACUCGUGGACACGCUACGACAGUGUAGUACUUCCGCCGUCGUUCCCGUAUGGUGGUAUGGAAAACGCCAACCUCACGACCCUCACUCCCUCUCUCGUGUGUGGCGAUCGCAGCUCGACGGAUGUGCUUCUGCACGAGCUGUGUCAUUCGUGGAGCGGUAACCUGAUUUCGUGUGUGAACUGGGAGUCAUUCUGGCUGAAUGAGGGGUGGACUGUGUACCUGGAGCGCUUGCUGCUCCAAAUGGUACAUGCGGACGACAAUGGCCCGGGUCACCGCGGAUUCUCCUACAUUAUCGGCAACAAGGCGCUACGCGACUCGCUCGAGGGCUUUUCUGACACACCGCGCUUCCAGCGACUGAUCCCCGUGUACCGCGACGGGGAGGACCCUGACGAUGCAUUCUCUUCGAUUCCUUACGACAAGGGCGCCAACUUUCUGUUGUAUCUGGAGCGCCAAGUGGGUGGCCUGGAGAACUUUGUGCCGUACAUCAAGGCGUACUUCCACACGUUUGCUGGCCGCUCGGUGAGCACAGAAGAGUGGCGUGAGCACCUGUUCGCGUUUUUCGCCAGCAACGAGAAGGCGUCGCAGGCGCUGCACGAGGUCGACUGGGACGCCUGGCUGCAUGGUGAGGGAGUAGAGCUGCCUGUGGCGAUGGAGUACGACGAGAGUCUGGCCGUGGAGGCGUUCGCACUGGCGGAUCGCUGGAUCCAAGCGAUUCACAGUGGCGACGCGGCCAAGUUUGACCGGGCGGACAUGGACGGAUGGAACGCGAGUCAGGUGGUCGUGUUCCUUGAAAAGCUGCAUGCAGGACCCCGUGUGCCAGCGGCGAUGACGCAGCAUCUGGACGAGGUGUAUGGCCUCAGCACGGCGGCCAACACUGAGAUCCGCCUGCGUUUCUACGAAGUCGCUCUCGAGGACAAGCACGGCGCAUACGCACAGGAUGCGGCCGACUGGGUAUGUAAGCGCUACUCAUGCCAGGUGAAAACGCAGGGUCGCAUGAAAUACUGCCGCACGAUUUUCAAGGCGCUUCACAAAGUGGAGCCGGCGCUGGCGAAGCAGACGUUCCUCGAGAACGAAAGCUUUUACCACCCGAUUGCUGCAGCGAUGAUCCGCAAGGAUAUUCAUGCACACAGAACCGCGAACGUGGUGGCUGUGGUAGGCAGCACAGGCACUGGCAAGUCGCAGCUGGCGGUUGAGCUGGCCGAGUAUGCGGCGGCGCGUGGGCUCCGUGCAGAAGCCAUCUCUGCUGACAGCAUGCAGACCUACCGUGGCCUGGAUGUCAUCACGAACAAGGCAAGCAAGCAGGAGAUGCGCGCUGUGCCGCACCACCUGAUGAGCUUCCUGCCACCGGGUUCCGAGUACGACAUUACGCAGUUUGUGCGCGAUGCCACGCGUCUAUGCGCUGAGAUGGAGGAGCGCGGCACGCUUCCCAUACUCGUGGGUGGCACCACGUACUAUGUGCAGCAUUUCCUCUUCCCUGGCCAACUGGUCUCGCAAGCUGGACCGCCGGCGGCCGCCCUGUCACCGGCGAUGCAGGCCCGGAUCAGUGCCCUGCCACCGGACCUACACACCCUGUGGACUGAGAUGAUCGCCGGGCCGGCUGGGGAGGAUCUGCCGCUCGCAUCGCAUGCCUCGCAGCUGUGGGCGCUGCUGCACGCGCUGGACCCGGACAGUGCACGGCGCUGGCAUUAUAAUGACUUUCGCAAAGUGUAUCGCAGUCUGCGGAUAUUGUACGAGUCGGGCAAGCCGCAGUCGGAGUGGCUGCAUGCGCAGGAUGCGAGGGAUCGCGAGCGCCAGCGGCAAGAUCCCCGCCGGCGUCUGCUGUUCUGGGUCUGGAGUGCGCGCGACGUGCUCAAUGCACGUCUCAAUGCGCGUAUUGAAAAAAUGAUCGACCGCGGCCUGCUGCAGGAGAUCCAGGCCCUGCGUGCGAUGGCACGCGAGCAGAGCCCGGCGACCGAUUAUACGCGCGGCAUUUUCCAGGCCAUCGGUACGUGCUGCAUGCUGACCGCAGGUUACAAAGAGUUUGAUGCGUACCUCACGCAUCGAGACCAGGGCGGGACGCAUGAGGAAGCGCAAGAAUUGUUUGACCAGGCUAUCGUCUCGAUGCAGACGGCGACGCGGCGGUAUGCCAAGCGGCAGAACUCGUGGAUUCGCAACCAACUUGUCCCUGAGAUCCAAAAGGCGCAAGCAGCCGGCGAGGAGGUAUGGCUCUACUUGUUAGACGCCACCGACGUGACACAGUGGGAUACGCAGGUGCGCGCACCGGCUGAACGACUGCUGCAAUCCUUUCUGGAGGGCAGCCCGAUGCCGGACGCGACGCAGCAGAGCGCCGCGGCUGCGGAGCAGCUGCAGGUGGAACCUAAAGGAGGCGGCCGCCUAGAGCGCAACCGACUCGUCCAGUGUGACGUGUGCACGCACGAUGCAUCGCAGCCGUUUCUAUUCCGCGAGAAUGAGCGAUACAAGCACGAACAGUCGCGCACGCAUCGGUAUGCACUCAAGCGACGCACGCGGGACGCCUACAUUGCCGCUUGUAAGGCUUCGGGGGAGUCAGUGCGGCAGGAGCGUCACCAGUCGCCAACCCCCGUGGAAAAUGACUAG